UGCUAUUGAUAAUACAUUCAUGCUCCAUACACCCGUCUAACAGAGACUAAUCCUACAUGCAGACUCACACACUUUUCUAGUAGACUACUCCACCUCACACAGUGCACGGGCUCUGGGGAUGCCGAGGGCCCCUCGCUCCUUCGCCGGGACUCUCCAUCCCUGCUGCACUUGCAGGACAAAAGGCAGCCAGCAGCUCCACUGACCUAAUGAGAUGAGGGUCUCCCGGGCCGUUCCACUGAGCCUCCUGCUCCUGGGCUGCCUAGGGGGCGCCGCCAGCGGGCAGGCCCGAGGGGCCGGUGAGAAAGCGGAGCGCCCCGCGCCCUGGGCGCAGUCCGGGCAGUUCUCUACCCGGGAGCAGCGUGUGUGCAGCUGGCAGCUGGUCCGAGGGGAGGAGGCCACCGAGCUGCAGCUGAGUUGCCAGGCGCCUGGAGAGGGCGGCAGCGAGGGGCUCCGGUGCGUGUACCGGGGCCAGCCGGAGCGCUGCGCCGCCUACAGCGCCAAGAGCCGCCAGUACUGGAAGCAGAUCCUGGGCAAGCUGCGCCGGAAGCGCCACCCCUGCCAGGACAGCAGCCCGCUCAAAGCCCGGCUCUGCAGCAGCAAGAAGGGGCCGCCCGAGGCGCACCUGCGCCUGGCACCCCCCAGCCCCAGCCCUGCAGCGCCUGCGGCCGCCGGGGGCCCCGCCAGAGGCCGAGCCAAGGGCCAGGGCAGCGCCCAGGAGGCGGCUACGCUGCAGCAGCCGGGGGCCCCCAGCGCCAAGGCGAUGAGCAGCGGGGCACACGCUGGUGCCCUGGAGAAGCGGGGCAAGGCGGGCAAGAGGAAAGGGGGUCCCGGCUCCCCGGUGCCCCCCGAGCAGCGGCAGCCCACGGCUGGGGGGAACACGGAGCCGCCCACGGAGCUGAGCGAGGACCUGGCCGAGACCUACUGUGCGGAGCAGUGGCACUCGCUCUGCAGCUUCUUCCUGAACUUCUGGAACGGCUGAGGGGACAGGGCGGUGGCGGGGGAGACGGGCGGGGUGGGGGGAAGGGUCGCACCCAGGCGGGCAGUCGGGUGGGGGGGGUAGAGCUGGGGGUAGGAGCGUGCAGCCAUGGGACACCCGGGUGGGGGGGAAGGGUAUAACUUACUCAUUGGUACUAACCCUGCAGCCGCUGCUCGCCCCGGGGCGGGGGGGAAGCUGUGGCCAGGCCUUUGCACGGCGGGUUAUUGGCUAACAUGACUGAUCAGUCCCUCCUUCCAUACUAAACAGGCACCAAGCCGUGUGUAGUCUGCGCUCUAUUUCAGCGAUUUCUGCUCUAGGGGUGACGUGUUGUUAAACCCCUCGGAGAUUUUCGGUAUUGUCACGUUUACUCGCUGGGAAAGGGCUUCCCCUUGUUCACCAGGAGCAAACAUGUGCUAGGGAGUUGUAUUGCAGAAGAUGUGUGCAACAUUAAUAAAGGUGCAACUCUUGUACA